UCACGUGAUGCGCCGGCAGCCAAUGGGAAGGCGCCUUGUUGCGAGAGAGGCCUGUAGCAGCCGCUGAGGGCAGAAAGAGAGCGAAGGAGCUGCUGCUCAGGCCUGUCGCUCGCCUCAGAAGCCGCUCUCCUCCUCCGCUGGGCCCGCUCCCUCCUCCGCCUCUCCCUCCCCGGGAUGCUCUGAAGGGGCCCCGGCCUUCCGUCGCGCUCCCAGGCCGGCCUCGCGCUGGGGCAGCCGCCACCUCUCCUCAGGUGUGAAUGACCGAAGAGGUGCCUCCGACGGCACUCAGUGAGAUCUACCUUCGCCUCCUGUGCCAUGAUGACAUAGACACCGUCAAACAGCUCUGUGGCGACUGGUUCCCAAUAGAGUACCCUGACUCAUGGUACCGAGACAUCACCUCCAACAAGAAGUUCUUUUCCCUGGCAGCCACCUAUCGGAGCACGAUUGUGGGGAUGAUAGUCGCUGAGAUCAAGAGCCGGACAAAAGUACACAAAGAGGAUGGUGAUAUUUUAGCCUCUGGUUUUCCAGUGGAUACUCAGGUUGCUUAUAUUUUAAGCCUAGGAGUGGUAAAGGAAUUCAGGAAACAUGGCAUAGGUUCCCUCUUACUUGAGAGCUUGAAAGAGCACAUAUCGACCACUUCCCAGGACCACUGCAAAGCCAUCUACCUGCACGUCCUCACCACUAACAACACUGCGAUAAACUUCUACGAAAACAGAGACUUUAAGCAGCACCACUACCUUCCCUAUUACUAUUCCAUAAGAGGCGUCCUCAAAGAUGGCUUCACCUACGUCCUGUACAUUAACGGCGGGCACCCUCCCUGGACAAUCUUCGAUUACCUCCAGCACAUCGGUUCGACCCUGGCCAGUCUGAGCCCCUGCAGCAUUCCCCAGCGGAUCUACCGUCAUGCCCAGGGCCUCCUCUGCAGCCUCCUGCCCUGGUCGGGCAUUUCGGCAAAAAGUGGCAUCGAAUACAGCCGGACCAUGUGACGCCAAGGCGGGUUCUUCCCAGCAUUGCUGCAGCCGCUGCACCACUCUGGGGCUCCGCACGCUGUGAACAUGCCCUGCGACUCCUGAUGCCUCCCCACCGACCCACCGGGAUGCUGCCUCCCGCUGCGCUGCCCCAACUCCCCCAUUGUGAUGGUGCUCCUCAAGGGCCGCCAUCCCAUGCGGUCAGUCCCUGAGCCGACUGUUAUGCAGCCCUGGGCUUUGGCUGAGGACAUGUGUGGCGGAAGGAGAAGGACUGAGUCCUUGGACGAGGAGGAGGUGGAGAGCGACAGAGUGGCCGCAAGAAAUGCAUCUUCUUUCUGUCUUUCCUUUUGUCUUUCUUCCUUUUUUCCUUCCUACUUUGCCUACUUCUGCAAACCAAGCCCCUGAUGCCCAGGGAAUGAAAUUGCUGUUUCAUAGUGAAAUACGUUAUGUGUGUGUAUAUGCAUCGGUAUACACAGUGUACAGGGUAUCCUGCCUUUGCUCUGGGCUGGAAGUGGAAGUGCUGGGGAGGCACCAGUAUCUCUGAAUGGCCUUGGGCCCCAUCAUCCUGUGGAACCCCCUCCCCCUUCCCAAUUAGGAAGUUACACAGGGCAGUCUUGGGCCGGCUGUGGCUCCACUGGCCUUUGGGAGGCCCCUUCCUCUGGCCGUCCAGGUUUGCAGUAAUACUCUGGAUGUGGUUUGCCUUUUGCUAAACAGGCCACGCAUGGAUUGAAGAAUGACUGAGCCUGCAUCCCAUGUGCAAGCAGGACAAGCAUAGCAUUUAAAAGUCUUAUCAUGGCAGGAGGAGGCCAGGUAACAGGGAAACCUCUUCUCACCGUCAGGCUGGCCUCCUUGUUUUCCUCCCCACAUUGGUCCACCUUGUCCCCCUCCUCUGAGUCUUGCACUUUUCUCUUUUGAAAGCAGCUCUUUUUUCCCUAGUGGGCCAGGAGACUUUUCUUUCUGGUGGGAAUGAGGGAUUCUGCCAUUGUAUGGCUUAGGAAAAAGGGCUCUUGCAGUCCUUAAAAGGAAGGAAGCCAGCAAAGGCACAAACUAGAACUGACUCAGAACUGAAUGGUGCUGGUCAGAGCAAGGGGUGCAUCCCAGGUGACCUCGCUCCCUUUCCAUUGCAAAGAGAGGCACUAAGGGAUGAUCAUCGUGGUCAAGUCCCUCCGCUGUUCUCCCUUUGAGCUGCCUCUUAAUUUAGGACAGAGUAAGGCUGUUGCGAGGCUCUCACCCAAUGCCCUGAGAUCUUCCCUGCCUGCAUUUGAGUCUCCUUUUUGCUUGGGAGCGUCCCGAGUCUGAUCAGUGCACUCUACUCUUCUUUGGGUGGCUUUGUUCACUUGAUACCCUUCUUCUUGCUGCCUCUUGCCCUUUGGACCCCUUCCAACAAGAAGAGAAUGGUGGCUUCGGGAGGAAAAAAGGGGACAGACACCCCUUCAGAGGAAAGCCCCCCCCCCUUCCCCUUGGUGCCACCUGCACGCCUGCUGUACCCCCCCCCCCCCCCUAUUUAUUGAUGAGCGACCGUCAUCCAGUCACUUUACAUGUCUUUGAUUAAAAGGUUUUGUUUUGUU